ACUAAGGAAAGCAACAUCCGUGUAGCCUACAAUCUAUCUUCCACAUUGUUUUCUUUUUCUUUUUCUUCUUCUAAAUGAUAUACAGAACUUUUUUGUGAUUUGUUUAUAAUUUUGUACAAGUCACUUCCAAUUGCAACUUUUCUUCCUUGUAUUAUUUUCAAAGCGAAUUCAUGAAUGGAACAGUAGAGGUAGGCGCUAGUAUCAUAUAGUUCUUGAAUUGUGACAUGCAUAAACUUUAAGGGGUUACUUAUCCCCCGUAGAAUACUGCGAAGUCAACAAAUUAAUAAGGGUUUGAUCAAAGUAGAAAUGAUGAUAAAGAAGAAAAAUAAAGCAAGAAAAUGGGACAGAAAGAAGCAGUUCUUAUGUGGAAAUUUAAUGAACAACCAUGGUGUUGAAUGUUUAAGCUCUGCACUAGUACAACCUGCAAAACUAGCACGCUAUUUGGUUGUGAAUUAUGAUCUUUUACCAGAUCAUCUGAAAUUUUGCAAAGGCUUUGAUACAGCUAAAAAGAUUAAUUUCGAUGGUGCAAGAACACAAAAAAGUUCAUCUAAAAACGUUUUAAAGAGGGUGAGAAAGCACUCUGCGGCUAAGACAGUGAUUUUGAGAACAAAACGAGAAAGUGCUUCCCUGAGCUGGGUUUCGUAUGCCAAAUAUUGCGCCAAUCUGGCAGUCCACAGGGGAAAGCCUAUGUUUGAAAGGCCUUCUGUUGACCAACCAAGAGGUUUGGAGUCAGAUUUGAGGCCUGAUUUUUAUUUCAGUGAAAGCCAUGGUACCUUAAGACGUGCAGGUGCACCAGCAAUUGUAAAAGCUAAAUCUCAUGCAUUUCGGAAAUCUGAAUUCGUAAUAAGAGAUGGUAACGGGGCCUCCAAAAUCAGCAAUUCUAGCCUUAAUCAUCAUUACAAGAAGGAAGCUAAUUUGAGCUUACCUCUUCUCCCAAUGAAGUUACCAGAAUCAACACUUGGUUGGCCACUUCUCAAGAAAACUGUACCCAUGAGUCACAAAGCUCUGAGAAAAUCUCAAGCUAGGAAGAUGUCUGUAGUUCAAUGGGCAAUGAACCUACCUCAUCGAUCCAUGCCUUUAAGUUUGCAGGACCAGGUUGGUUUGCAUUUAAGUAAAACCGAUAUGUCUUUUGAUAGAAAGGCUAUCAAAUAUUCCUAUAAGGAGAGAGAGAAUGAGGAAGGAACUAGGCCCCAAUUGAUUCAGGCCUCUGAAUUUGAAACAGUUCAUGGUAGCAAAAGAACAGAAGAGAACUUUGGACUUGUUUGUGAAAACAAAAUGGAGGUCCCUUCAAGUUCAGCUUCUGUCCAUAUAAAAGAACCUCCACAAUCAAAGCCUGGUUGGCCUCUUCUUCGGAUUGCAGCUUCUGCAAAUGUAAAUUCUUCUAGAGAUUUUAAAGCUAGAAAAAUGUCUGUUGUUCAAUGGGUAAUGAGCCUGCCUAAACGAUCAAUUUCAGUAUCUCCACAAAAAAAGACUAGUUUUGUUUCUAAUAAAACUGAAAGUCCUAUUGAAAGAGAGAGUAGUUGUUCUUGGGAUUUAAAUAGUGAGAAUGGUUCAACAGCAUCAGGAAAGCUACUCAAGGAGUUGGAGCUUCUCAUUAGAACAAACUUAUCUGGCUAUAGGUGGUUUAGCCACAAGGAGUUAAAUAAUGCUACUUCUCAUUUCUCCUCAGAAAAUCUUAUUGGAGAGGGAGGGUGUAGCAAUGUAUACAAAGGAUAUCUUCCCAGUGGCAGAACAGUGGCAGUAAAGAUACUAAAAUCAUAUAAGGAAGCUGGGAAUGACUUCUACUCAGAAAUGGAUAUCAUCUCCACAUUAAAGCACAAGCACAUUACAUCUCUUAUUGGUGUAUGUGUCGAAGAUAGCUAUCUUAUCUCUGUCUAUGACUUCUUUCCCUUAGGGAGUUUAGAGGAACGCUUACAUGGUCAAAGUAACAGAUCUGUAUUGUCAUGGGAAGUGAGGUUUAAAGUGGCAGUUGCAGUUGCAGAGGCUGUAAAUUACCUGCACAAUGAAUGUUCUCGGCCAGUUAUUCACAGAGAUAUAAAAUCUUCAAACAUUCUCCUCUCCAAUGAGUUUCAGCCACAGUUAUCUGAUUUCGGGCUUGCUGUAUGGGGACCCACAGAUUCAACUCAUGUGAUUCAUAGUGAUGUGGUAGGGACUUUUGGAUAUAUUUCUCCAGAAUAUUUCAUGCGUGGAAGGGUCAGUGAUAAGAUAGAUGUAUACUCCUUUGGUGUGGUUCUUCUUGAGCUGUUAUCAGGAAGAAGGCCAAUUGGUUCUGAGACCCUGAAAGGACAAAAGAGUUUGGUCAAGUGGGCAAAACCAUUACUAGAGAGUGAGAAUCUUAAAGCACUGUUGGAUCCAAAGUUAAAUGGGAACUUCGAUGUUGAUCAGAUGCAUAGAAUGUUCUUGGCAGCAAGCCUAUGUGUUCGCCAGUCAGCUCGGCGUCGUCCAAAAAUAAGUCAGAUACUAAAGCUAUUAACAGGAGAGAAGGAUGCGUAUAAUUGUGUCAGUUCCAAUGUUAUUGAUUUCAAAGAAAUAGAAAAUCAAGAUGAUGAUGACAUUUUUCCAGAAUUUUAUUGCAACCAACAAUACAUGGGCUCCACUUUGCUUAAAACAGAAUGCAACAGCGGCUCACUAAGCAGUAGUGAUAUGUCUAUACAUAGUGCAGAAAAGACCCGACACUUCAUGUUGAAGGACUACUUGAAAGAACGGCAAGACUGAUCAUCAUCAUCAUCAAUGAUUGAUGCCAUGAAACUUAGAAGUUCACAAAUGGAGGAGAGCUCAGUACCAUACAUACUGUGUAUAGAAAAGGAAGGUCCUAUACUAAGCAAUUAUCAUUGCCGGUGGAAGUUUAGUGUAAAGUGAGAGUGUUCUUGUUAAUAUUGUAUUUUAUUUGGCAAACCGAAUGAGGGGUUUAAGUAUCACAGGGAAGAUGAGAGGGAUUUUGCAGAAUGCAGAGUUUCGGUAUACAUGUACACUCAAAUUUAUUAUCACAGAGCUUUCCCUA